CGUUCCUGGCUCGUGCAGUCAUCGUGCGCGCGAGAUUCAUCAGAGGUUCGGGAAGGAUGAAUGAAGGUGUCAUUGGAAUUUUGUGGGCGGUGAAAGAGCAGGAGAGAAUGUAAGGGAUAUGAUCUAACUUUUUUAUGGUCCGCGCCAGAGUCUGGAACCAUAUAUAUGGGUGGUGAUGGAGGAGAUACACAGACCAUCAGGGAGUUGAGCAGACAACACCGGUUGCUUUGGGACUCUAAUUUACCACAAAAGAGAACUAUCGCCCACCAGACAGGCAGCCUUACAGCAAAACGAGUUAAAAACACAAACAGAUCAUAGACAUGGGACUGCUGCGUGUUGAAGAGCUGGUCACUGGGAAGAGAGGUGAGGGAAAGUUGGCAGGAGGUGCCUGUGCAGAGGCGUUCGCUGCAGGGGAAUAUGAGACCAGCAUCAUUCAGGAGAAACAGGAUGGUCUUCAGACACAACAGGACCUGAAUGAAACCUCCCAGAAAGGCAUCAAACUGAGUGAAGAGAAGCUCAAACUCAAUGUCGACCGGUCAGGACAGUUAAAACUAGAAACUGUAGAAGACCUCUUUAACAUUUUGGAGUUGAGGAAGAGGAGAAAGGAAAGGAAGAUUCAAGCGCUAAAGAAACAGCCAGAGCCUGAUAUCCUGUUUAAACGCUCAGCUCUGCAUAAAGCCAGUGCACAAGGUCACACAGAGAUCAUGCAGAAGCUCCUGGAGAGUGGAGCAUCCAUGGAACAAAAAGACAAGCUGGAUGCCUCAGCUGUGCACUGGGCCUGUAGAGGUGGAAGCCUGCAUGCUCUGGAGCUGCUUUUAAAUAAUGGAGCCAAAUUCAACACUAGAGACAAGCUAUGCAGCACUCCCCUCCAUGUUGCAGUUCGGACGGGACAUUACGACUGUGCUGAGCAUCUCAUUCACUGUGGAGCGGAUGUCAAUGCUAAAGACAGGGAUGGAGACACACCAAUGCACGACGCAGUGAGGAUAAAUAGAUUUAAAAUGAUAAAAUUGCUGAUGAUGUAUGGAGCCAGUCUAAAUGCCAAAAACAACGAUGGAAAGACACCAAUGGAGACUCUGCUUUCAUGGCAAAAAGGUGUGAAAAACAUCCUGAAUAACUUUAAUGAAGAGGAAGCACCAAAGCCAGAUGAACAACUUUUGUUUUGAAUGUUUUCUUUCUUUCUUUCUUUCUGAACAGUUCUUUUCAAUUUACGUAAUGAUGACGCUAAUUGCUGGCAAUAGAGUGUCCGAAAUAUUGAUGAGGUUAUUUGUAAAUAUUGUUUUCUCACUUGAUUUUGAGAGAAAACGAAUCUUGAGGGAGUGGCACAAGACAUGAACGUGUGAGUGGUUGGAUGUUUAUUUGCUUGUUCAGUGUAUUUAUUUAAUAUUAUUUUAAUUUAUUUUCUAUACUUGUGAGCAUUUGAAAAAUGUCCAUGACCGUUUGAUCUAAUGGGAAAAUGUCUAGACAGACUAGAGACCGAACUAUACGUUUUCAGAAAAGGAACAGAAUGUGAAUGCUGGUCUGAGAAUGUUUAUUAUGAUGGAUAUUAUUGUAAUUGAUUUUGGACUGGAUUUGUGAAAGACUUGGUACCGGGUUCACGGGCCUCCAUUAUGAAAUGUGCAUUGAUAAACGUGUUUUGUAAUUCUUGCACUUAAAUGUAAUUGUGAAUAAUUUUAAUCAUAUGUGAAUAAAGUGUUUUGGUAUGUGUCA